AUGGAAUGUGAAGACAUCGAUGAGUGUGUGAGAACUGCUGAUAUCUGCGGUCCGGCUACCAUAUGCACCAACGUCAAUGGAACGUACAACUGUACCUGUCUGCCAGGAUUCAACGACACUAAUCCAGCAGAGAAACUAGGAACGACUCCCUCCUGUGAAGACAUUGACGAGUGUCUCGAAUACCCCUGCGAUAUUGACGAGUGUUUCAAUUCCACCGUCUGCGGCCCUCGUACCAACUGCACCAAUGUUCCUGGAAAACAUAUCUGCCAGUGUGAGCCGGGAUACAUAGCCACCGACCCGUCCAUGGCCCCUGAUGAGGACAACACCUGUGAAGAUGUUGAUGAGUGUGUGGAAGACGUCCCCAUCUGCGGCCCUGAGGCCGUCUGUAACAACACAAUCGGGGCCCAUUUCUGUACCUGUAACCAUGGUUACCGCCUCGACCUCUCAGAUAUGAUCGCCAGCUCUGAAAAUCCAUGCAAUGACAUCGAUGAAUGCAGUGAGACGGUGGAUCUUUGUGGAACUAAAACCGUGUGUACCAACGCACCAGGGACCUUCGACUGCUCCUGCCCUGAUGGCUAUUACCCCUCAACGGGGGUCAUUUGGGAACCUGAUGUCACGUUCUGCCAAAGUCUUCAGGACAUUCUUGAUGCGAUUGAACCUCCAGAGGGACAAACAAAGGAAAGAGCGUUUCUUGGAAAUAUCGCCCAACAGCUGAAGGAUAAUGCAGGCGUCAUUCUGUCAGAAGCGGUCAGUGUAUGCAAAAACAGUUAGUUAGUUCACAGUCUCUCAAGACAGAUGAGUGCUAACUCUAAGUCGCCCAAGGCGGUGACCAGUGAUGGAGAUGCAGAUACAGGCAGUGUGAUCCUGGACAUCUCUGAGGGUCUGGUUUCUUCCCUUGUAGAACCCAGCCAGAACGGAACCAACAAAACGCUCCAGACUGCAGUAGUAGAUUUGAACAUACAGACCUUCAGUCUUGGAAGCAGUAAUGGAGAGAGUAAUGUCCUUUCGGUCAAAGGAAUCAGCAUGGAGGUCAAUCUCGAGGCUCUGGCACAGGACAACAAUGGAUCGGCAGCAGCUGCAGUCCUCACCCUCCGUGACAUGGAGAGGCUUCUCAUUCCCGGCUUCUUCAAGACCGAGAACCAGACUGAGAUGAACUCUGACAUCAUCACCGCAUUCCUACCCAAAACCAAGCACUCCAACUUCUCCCAACCUAUCAACUUCACCAUCCAGCACAAGAAGGUGAACCGUCUGACAGAAUGCGCUGGCUUGGUGACCUGUGUGUACUGGGAAGGGAAAGACCAGACGGCCGUGAAGGUGGAUGCCUCCACGGGCGAGGAGGCAGAGGCCAGCCGCUGGUCGGUAAAUGGCUGUUGGGUGGCGUACUCCGAUGAGAACUACACCAUUUGCAGCUGUUCCCACCUCUCCACCUUCGCUCUCAUCCUGCAGAUCGGAGAGCCUCCUCCAGAGGACCCCUUCCUGGAGUGGCUGAACAGAGUGUGUGUGACCAUCGGCCUGUUCUUCUUUGCGCUGGCCAUCGUGACCUUCCUCCUGUGCAGCUGGAAUGCCAAGAUCAACAACACGGCCCGUCUGCACCUCUGCAUCAGCCUCGCCUCCUCCCACUUCCUGAUGCUCUGGAUGGACCGAUACGUUAACAAUAAGGUGGCUUGUAAAGUCAUGGCCGGCGUGCUCCACUUCCUGAUUCUGGCCAGUUUCUCCUGGAUGCUCCUGGAGGCCCUGCAGCUCUUCCUGCUGGUCCGGAGACUUUCCAAGGUCCAGGUCAUCCAGAGGGACGGCCUCCCCACACCAGUGCUGUACCUGAUUGGCUAUGGCGCACCGUUUGUGAUUCUGGGCGUGUCUGCCGCGGUGUUCUCUGAUGGAUAUGGUGCCACAGACUCACAGGUGUGCUGGCUAUCCACAGAACGCAGUUUCAACUGGGCUCUGACAGGGCCUGUGGUCGCUCUCCUUGGUAUGAACUUGGUGCUGUUCUGUGCCACCCUGGUGUGCCUGAGGCCCACCCUUGCCAGCAUGAAGAGUGACGUGUCGCAGUCCAAGGACACCAGGUUGAUCGUGUUCAAGAUACUGGCCCAGUCUGUCAUCCUGGGCUGCACUUGGGUCCUGGGUCUGUACCAGGCCAACCUCUUCUUCCAGGUGCUCUUCAUUCUGCUCAACUCCCAGCAGGGCACCUUCCUCUUCAUCGUGCACUGUCUGCUCAACAAGGAGGUGAGGGGAGAAUACAUCAAAUGGCUGUCCUGCUCAUUCGGGAAAUCUGGAAACGCUGGAACAGCGGAAGACUAG